UCCCACUAGGGUUUGCCUCUGGUUUCUCCAGCUCCAUUCACUCCCCUCUCUCUCACUCAUAUCUCAUGAUCUAACUCCCAAGAUUCCAUUUUACCCAACUGGGUCUAAAAAAAGCAACCCUCAUAACCAAAACACAAAACUUCAUCUUCUUAGCUCAACCCACUUCCACAUUCAACUGCACUCACCCACUCACUCACUCAAAUGUUCAGUUUCUGCAACUACAGCAAAUUCCUCAUCUUCUUCCUCUGCACCAUCCUCACCUAUUUCAGUGCUUAACCUUUCAAAAACCCCAAUUUCCACUUUUAGGGUUCUAUUCAACUCUUCAUCCCUAAUCAUGAAAACCCAGAUUCAACUCUUGCAUUUCCAAUGCAAUAGUUCAUUCUCCUAACAUUCACAUUCCAUAAAUUUCACACCUUUUUCUUCAACCAUGCCGAAGGUUCCAGAAGAAAAAGAUGGAUCUGAAAAGGAAACACCCAAAAUCUCCAUCGAUCCCUUUCCACAUUUAGCAUCAACCAAACCCUAUUUUCUUCCCUGGAAGCCGAUGAAACGCACCGUUCGGCCUCUAUUCGUUCUCCUCCUCCUUCUCGUCUUCAUCGCCACGCUCACCUCACGCGCUGUCGUCGGCCGUCGCCUCCUCUCCAUCGAGCUCGAAACCCGCGUCAUCAACCACAACCCGCCGCCGCAGCUCAACACCACGCUCCUCCACCACGCCGCAGUCGAGAUCGGCGAGGCAAAGCUCCGGCAAGAGAUCCAACAGCUCCUCGACGGCAACUUCGGCAGCCAGGCGCGCCACCGUACUUUCGUGUCCUGGCGGCGGUUUAUUCACCACGACGUCGACAACAGGAACGGCCUCCCGGCGAAUCUCCGGUCGCCGUUGUUCUACCGAUACUGGCUGGACUUCCGGCGAGUGCUCCAUGACUGGUCCCGGAAGCGCCGGUUCCAGCCCGGAAUCAUGUCGGAGCUGACCCGGUCGGUGAAGAUUCCCCUCGACCGGUACAACAACGCGGCGGCGGCGGCGGGUUCCGGUGAGAAAAGGUACUCUUCUUGUGCUGUUGUUGGUAACAGUGGAAUUUUGCUUAACAGUAACCAUGGUUCCUUGAUUGAUGCACAUGAAGUUGUGAUGAGGUUGAACAAUGCAAGGGUUGAAAAUUAUGAGUACAAGGUUGGGAAGAAAACCAGCAUUUCGUUUGUGAAUAGCAACAUCUUGCACUUGUGUGCAAGAAGAGCAGGGUGUUUUUGUCACCCUUAUGGUCCAAAUGUGCCUAUUGUCAUGUACAUUUGCCAAGCCAUGCAUUUCUUGGAUUACACUGUGUGCAAUGGAUCACACAGGGCGCCGUUGUUGGUGACCGAUCCGCAGUUCGACGUGUUGUGUGCUAGGAUUGUGAAGUACUAUUCAUUGAAGAGGUUUGUGGAGGGGACAGGGAAGGGUUUGGAGCAAUGGGGUUCUGCUCAUGAUGGGGCUCUUUUCCAUUACUCAUCUGGGAUGCAGGCUGUGAUGUUGGCUUUGGGAAUCUGUGAUAGAGUUAGCAUAUUUGGGUUCGGGAAAUCGAAUUCGGCUAAGCACCAUUAUCACACUAACCAGAAGGUUGAGCUUCACUUGCAUGAUUAUGAGGCUGAGUAUGAGUUUUACCGGGACCUUGUAGAUGGAAACAAGCCUAUUCCAUUUCUCUCGGACAAGUUCAAGAUUCCACCUGUUGUCAUGUAUCAUUGAUGCUGUUUCAAGUGUUGAAGUUGAAGGGGUUGAUUUUUUUCCCCAUUAUGUCAUCUAGAGUGAAAUCUUGUUGUAUUACUUGUGAAAUACACAUAUAGUCGAAAACAUUACACGGAUUGAUUCAUUGUAUUCUCAACUUGGAAAUGUCACAAUUGUAGCCUCAAGUGUAAAUUUUGGUUAGAUCAAUACAAAGCAAGCUCAUGUCUGAUUUGUGUGUUGAAAAUUC